GCUCUCCUCACACAGCUCCGGGGAGCCCAGGCAACAAGUCACCCAGACACCGCCAGAACUUAGUGCCCCUCUCCUUCCCAUCCAUACACAGCGGGGCGGCAGUGAUGCUGCUGAAGGGAGACCCUAAACCUGCCAGCCACCAGGGAUGGAGCCGGGAGCAGCCCACGGACGAUGCCUCCAGGAGCUGGAGCAGGACUUUGCCCAGUGUGCUGGCCCUGGUGCUUUCUCUCUUUUCCUUGGCAUCCUGCGUGUACCUGAAUGUAAAGACUGGCGACCUGGAGGGCAGGACGUGGGCUCUGCAGCAUGGCAAGUCAGGGGACAUCUUCCAUGUGCCUGGAUUAUCUGUGGACCAGCUGAACUCCAUCGUGCAGGAGAAGGUGGACCGGCUUCUGUCCCAGAGGUCAUAUGAACACAUGGCAAAAAUACGAAUCUCAAGAGAAGCUCCGGCAGAGUGUAACUGCCCAGCAGGUCCACCCGGCCAAAGAGGCAAGAGAGGCAGAAGAGGUGAACCAGGACCUCCUGGUCAACCAGGACCACAGGGUCCUCCUGGUCCAAAGGGUGACAAGGGAGAUCAAGGUGAUCAGGGCCCUCGGGGUUUGCCAGGCUACCCCACAAUGGCCGCUCUCCAUAGUAAUCAGAUCCUCACCGUCAAGGGUGAUCAAGGACAGGCUGGGCCCCCAGGCCCACCAGGGCCUCCUGGACCACCAGGUCCCAGGGGUCCCCCAGGUGACACUGGUAAAGAUGGACCAAGAGGAUUAUCUGGAGUCCCAGGGGAACCAGGAAUUCCAGGUGAACAAGGCUUAAUUGGUCCAAUGGGGCCUCCUGGACAAAAGGGUUCUGACGGAGAGCCUGGCGCUCCAGGACUUGACGGCGAGAAGGGGGAUCAAGGUGCACCUGGUUUAGAUGGCAUUCAAGGGAUGAAGCAUAUGUUUUCUUUCUAUAGGGGUGAGAUGGGGGAAAGCGGUCCUACAGGUGGACCAGGAGAAAAGGGUGACCCAGGAUCAUCUGCUGCUGGCAUAAAGGGUGAACCUGGAGAAUCAGGCCGUCCAGGGCAAAAGGGUGAACCAGGACUGCCUGGGCUACCUGGACUUCCUGGGAUAAAGGGGGAACCAGGAUUUCUCGGCCCUCCUGGAGAACCUGGAUUGCCAGGCUUACCAGGGACAAAGGGAGAACGUGGUGAACUUGGACCUCCAGGAAGAGGAGAAAGGGGUAUUCAAGGAGUACCAGGUCCAAAGGGAGAAACUGGGGAACCUGGAAAUAGAGGCCCAAAAGGGUCAAAGGGAGAUUCCGGAAGCAGCGGUGAUGCAGGUCCUACUGGUCCCAGAGGACCCCCAGGCCAAAAGGGCGAUCAAGGAGCAACGGAAAUCAUAGAUUACAAUGGAAAUAUUCAGGAAGCAUUGCAGAGGAUUACUGCCAUUACAGUUACGGGACCUGCUGGACCCCCUGGACCUCCUGGUUUGCCUGGAUCAAAGGGAGAGGGAGGCCCUGUUGGACCUCCAGGAAUUGAUGGGGAGCAGGGGCCUAAAGGUUCUAAAGGAGAUCGUGGAGAAACUGGCAUUUCAGGAGAAAAAGGGGGAAUUGGUCUACCUGGGUUGCCUGGUGCAAAUGGAAUGAAAGGUGAAAAGGGAGACCAUGGUUCACCUGGUCCUCAUGGGGCUUCUAUCAUAGGUCCUCCUGGUCCACCAGGUCCUCAUGGGCCCCCAGGCCCAAUGGGUCCACAUGGAGUUUCAGGUCCAAAGGGUGAACCAGGGUUAAAUGGUCUUAAAGGAUUGAGGGGUGAGCAAGGUCAAAAGGGUGACAGAGGACCACUGGGUCUUCCAGGAGCAUCUGGCUUAGACGGAAAGCCAGGACCCAGGGGUACAGAUGGGCCACUUGGUCCUCCCGGUCCAGCAGGUCCAAAAGGUGACAGGGGAGAAAAAGGUGUUGUUGGCGAUCCAGGGCCUAGAGGACCGUAUGGUUUACCUGGCAAGGAUGGAGAACCUGGUCUAGAUGGUUUUCCUGGUCCUCGAGGAGAGAAAGGAGACCCAGGAGAAAGGGGAGAAAAGGGGGAAAAGGGAAAAAAAGGCAAAAAAGGGCCUAAAGGGGAGAAAGGAGAACAGGGUGCCCCUGGAUUAGAUGCACCUUGCCCGUUGGGACCAGAUGGACUUCCAAUGCCCGGCUGCUGGCAGAAGUGACAAAUCUAACCAUGCAAGCAUGAAGUUGUAUAUAAUCAAAACUUUGUAUUUAUAGAGAAAAACAAGAUGAUUUCAUAUGUUUACAUAUACCUUCUCCUACUUGUCCAUAAGUCCAUCUUUACCCACUUGCACAAGCUAUUUGGCAGUAGUCAGUGCUACUGUUGGAAUCCCCAGGAUUGAAGAGAUUCUUAUUGCUUUACUUGUAGACAUAUUUCCACAGACUUGAUGAUCAUCUGGGACCAGUUCACUGGAUACAUAAUGUCCAUUACAUUUCCCUGCUCAUGCCAAAUAGCACCAGUGACUUGUGUCAUUUAACAUGUUUGUACAGACUAAUGGCUUGCAUGAAUCAUAUCUAAGAAUUUGCUGUGUGGUUGAACCUCAGCUAAAUGAUUGCUCUUUAUUGGCUACUUAAGUAGAUCUCUUAACAUCUUUCAUUCAUCCUAAGGGAGUGACACCAUGGCUUGUAGCACGGAAGAGAUAAGGCUGACAUAACAGUAACUUUGCUCAAAUUCGGAGAUCCGACAGUAGAUGUUUAAUCUCCAACCUGGCAAGUCAUUCUUCUACUGAGGCAUAAAGGUCCUGAUUGUCUUCAGCAUCUUUGCAUUCCAUGCUACCCAGUGCCCCCCCGGAAGUAGAAGAUAUAUGGGCAUAUGAUGGCUACUGAAUAUGUUUCUACAUAGAUUGGAGUUGAGUUGUAAAAGCUUAGGUCUGUGGGAAUGGAGAAGCUCCACUGAAGGAAUCAUAUUGUACCUGUACAGAAGUCCUUCACCAUGCAGUUUCUCAGAAGCUAAGCAGUUAUGAAGAUCCGCCAUGCAUAAUUGUAUGACAAGAGUUUGACACCCACACGUUUAAAAUGUACGCACCUGUAUGACAGGAUUGGAAUCUAUAUUAUGUUCAUGUUUUUAUGUUAUUUUUAUUAGAAUGUUUUAUUACAUUCAAAAAAUGUGCUACAUAUGUUUAUUACACAGUGUUAGGAUUGCCAAAUGGUCUUGCUAUGUGCCACUGCCUAACAUGCUGAUAAUCGGUAACCAUGCCUUAUUUUUGCUAUUGUGCUUUUGUUCUGGAAGCCUUGCCAAAAGUGUCAAUCUUUCGUAAGCAAUUAGAUGUGCAUACAGCAGUUACGCCAUUAUUGUGUGACUUCUGUUUAUCUACAUAUUCCAAACAUGGGAAGUGGUUACGAGUAUAGCUGCUUAUACAGUUAUAGAUGUAAUAUAUUAUUCAUCUGUCUACUUGUUACAGAAAAAAAAUGUUUAUUUUUGGUUUUAUUCUACUUAAAAAAAAAAAAGGAAAAAGAACAAAAAAACAUUGUGUUCACUGAAAGUUUAAAAACGUUAUUUCGGGGCUGUGUGUUUUCAAAUGAACAUUUCACAAGUAGACAUAUACAGUAUAUAUGUCUUUAGUCGGUGUGCUACCUUCUGAUUUUAUUUUACUGAGUCUGAAAGCUACUAGUUUGUUGCUGACGUUAAAGCACAAACUGACUUAUCUUUGUACGAUGACUAAAAGCUCAACGUGACCCAGAAGACUAUGUAGUGGCAACAGACUUCAUUUUAUUACUGACAUAGUAUGAGAAGGAUGUGGAUACAGUAUGUUAAUACUGUUCUGCUAUAACUCCAUUCUGUAUGGAAGGGAUUUUCCUAUCCCCUAGCCAACAGAAUCCACACAGGUUUCACAUUCUGUGUGGCAACAUUAAUGCCAUCAAUUUGAAGUCUUUAUAUGAGAUUAGGUGACUAAAAUAUAUAUUUUUUACUGCCAUGUAAGUAAUUAUUAAAAUUGAAAGAAGUUUUUGCGUACACUUAAGCCAAAUGAUUUGAUGUCCCCCGAAGCAUAUGUUUGUUCUUAAUGAAGUAGGGUGGCUGUUUUUUUUAUACAUUUUCUGUCAUUUUCUCUGUCAUUUAAAGGGAACCUGUGAUAUUGAACAUGCGGCCUGAUCAGCCGGCAGUAUGUUAUAGAGCAGGAGGAGCUCAGCAGACUUAUAGAGAAUUUUAUUUGAAAAGAUUCUGUAUAACUUGUGAUCUAUUCAUUAAAAUCUCUGCUCAUUCUGGGCUAAGGAGUCCAGUGGGCGGUUCUGUUCAGGGAUUGACAGCUAUCUCUGUAUGUCCACUGAAGUGGGGAAGGCUAGGAAUCAUUGAGUGAGAUGGCCCACUGGACUUAUACUGAAUCUUCUCCGACAGAUAUAUCAAUCUGCCCAGCUUCCCUAGCUUUACACCAUAUUGCCUAUAGUUUUAGACUAGUGUUAGACAGUAAGACAUUUUACAUGAUUCUUCCACAUGUUCAGUGCUCAAUUUGUUGGAACAUGACGUCAUUUUGAGAAAUUGUUGGUGACAUUAAUUCUCAUAGAAGAGGUUGUAUUUUUUUUACAUAUGUUUGCCAAUGUGUGAUAUUUUACUAUGUAGUUCUACUAGUUGUUUAACCAAUUAUAUAAAGUUGGUUUUGUCAUUGUCUCUAUCUACAUCAAAUGUUGCAGUUCCUGGAAAUGUUGCUGCAUUAAUAUUGAUGAGGUUUAUCUAGUAUGGAGUAUUCAUUCACAAUAGUUCACCUUGUAUACUAGGGAGUAACUAUAGGGGAAAAAGAGGCCACAUGAGAAAAUUCCAGUAGUAUAAUGUAUCUUCAGGGGUUCAUGUUAUUAAUCCACUCUUUCCCUAAGUAUACUACAUUAGUCUAAUCUGACUGAGGCAUUAGUA